UAGACGAAGUCCAACUCUGCAUCUUGAUAAGGUCAUGUUUCUGCCAAGCUAUGUACUAGCCGCAAGACAAGGUGCGCAUCAGACGAGAAUUAUGCUGUUACCUGUUAAAUAAGAUUAAACUUCGUUCAAUUUUUAUUCAAAAUGGAGAACAAAUUAAUUAUUUGAAGUUCGGAAGACAGACUUGGGAGAUAUGAUGACUUAAAAGGAAAAUUUUGAUGAAAAAAAUUCAGUGUGGUAGCGGCUAUUUGCACGAUCACUAAACAAAAUAUGAGGAACCGGAGUAAUUCAGGUGUUCGCCUUGAUCUCUAUCAGAGGAUAGUAAACAAGACUGUAUUGCAGUUUCAGAAUCCAGUGACAGGUCUCCUUCCUGGAAAUAACUCGAAUCAUGCCUGGGUACGCGACAAUCUCUACUCCAUUCUCUGUGUCUGGGGCCUGGCAUUGGCGUAUAAGAAGCAAGCCAACAUGGAUGAAGACAGAGCUAAAGCAUAUGAACUGGAACAGAGUGUUGUGAAAUUGAUGCGCGGUCUCCUCAGCUGCAUGAUGAAGCAAGUGGACAAGUUGGAAACAUUUAAGAAGACUCAAAAUCCCAGGGAUGCAUUACAUGCUAAAUAUGAUGCGUGUACUGGAGCUACAUGUGUGGGGGAUGGGCAGUGGGGGCACCUGCAGAUUGAUGCCACAUCUUUGUAUUUACUGUGUCUGGCAGAGAUGACUGCCUCAGGUCUACAGCUGAUAUUUACAUUAGAUGAAGUGGCCUUUGUUCAGAAUCUGGUAUUUUAUAUUGAAGCUGCUUACAGAAUACCAGAUUAUGGAAUAUGGGAAAGAGGAGACAAAACCAACCAUGGUCUGCCAGAACUGAACUCAUCCUCUAUUGGCAUGGCAAAGGCCGCACUGGAGGCCAUUAAUGAGCUGGACUUGUUUGGUGCCCGCGGAGGUCCAGAGUCAGUGAUCCAUGUCCUGGCUGAUGAGUCUCAACAGUGUCAGGCUAUAUUACAGUCAAUGCUGCCCAGAGAAUCUAAUUCAAAGGAAGUAGAUGCUGGGUUGAUCAGUAUUGUCAGUUUCCCUGCUUUCUCCAUAGAUGACCAAGAGCUGGUGGACCUCACCAAGAAAACCAUUGUUGAUAAGCUGGAGGGUCACUAUGGCUUUGCCAGGUUUAUAAGAGAUGGGUACAGGACAGCAAAAGAGGAUCCAAACCGUCUGCACUAUGAGCCCUGGGAGCUGAAGGUGUUUGAGCACAUAGAAUGUGAAUGGCCAAUGUUCUUUGCUUACCUCAUCCUAGAUGGGUUGUUUAAUGGAAACCAAGCACAGGUUGAUAAAUAUCGAGAUGCUCUAGACCGUAUUAUGGUCCGUCAGCCAGAUGGUAUUCUGUGUAUGCCAGAGUCCUACUUGGUGCCAGCAGACAAAGUGGAUGCAGAGUAUAAGAAACCCCACAGCCAGGAGAGAAAGAUAGUAGGACAGGUGCCCCAUAGGUGGGGACAGUCACUGUAUAUACUGGGGAGACUUCUGAUGGAGAACUUCCUGACCCCUGGUGAACUGGACCCUCUAAAUCGUCGGCUGGUCACUCUCCCCAAACCAGACCUGGUCGUCCAAGUGGUCAUUCUGGCCGAGGAUUUUAUCAUCCAGGAGAGGCUGGCUGAACACGACCUCCAUGUCCAGACUAUAGGACAGGUGUCACCCAUACAGGUCCACCCAGCUAGGGUACUCAGCCAUGUGUAUUCUUUGUUAGGAAAGAAUAAGAAGUUGGGCUUGACUGGCAGACCUUCCUCUGAAGUUGGUCUCCUAGCAACCAGUAAACUGUAUCGUCUUGGAGACCAUAUUUAUGCCUUCAUGCCACAGUUCAUGGAUCAGCUCCAGUUUUACCUGGCAUUAGACAACGAGUUGUUGCUGGAUAUUUUCCGCACAGAAGUCGACUACCUUAGUACAAACUGGAGCAUGUUGGGAAGACCAACUUUUAUUUUCCAAGUCACUCACAAUAUGCUAGAAACCACCACAGUACCAGUACGCAAUGAGCAUGGAGCAAUUAUUGAUUACAGUCGAGAGAUGCGACCAGUUAUAAUUGGAACCAUUCAGAAAUUGAAAUCGGGAUACAUACAUGGCACAAGAGUACAGUUAGGGAACUUGUCUGACUUCCUGUCAACCUCCUGCAUCACAAAGCUGACCUUCCUCAACUUUGAGAAAGGGAGUGAGGAUGAGGCUGAGCUGGGUGCUAUAAUUGGAGAUCUCGCUAGUCCUACCUGUCCUCGACCUCACCUGCCAGUCAGCCUAGGUUUCACCCGGAGACGACACAGGAGUCGCGCCAACUCUGUCAAAGGCAUUGUGAAACGGACACGCUCCAUAUGUGUGGACGAGGACUCCAUAAAACCAAUGUUGCCGAGGCUGGAAAACAUCUACCGCGAGGCAACAGGAGUUUCUCAUCACCUCCCAGAUGUCCACAUGCGUGACCCUAACUUUGGCCUGUAUGUCAGCCCCGGCCACUCCCCCUACACCAGCCCUCAGUCCUCUCCCCCGGGGAGCCCCAGGAUGAGCCGUAAGAAACUGCUCACAGCAGGAGUGGCUGGGAUUCCACGCUCUGAGAGUGACCUCUUGUGGCGGUCUAAAGAAAUCAAGGAGGUUCAGGGAGCUGGCAUUGACUGUAAUGAGAUGGUGGAUGCUCUAAAGGAGACAGACUCACUCCAUGAACAGGCUGAUAUCAUACACUGGCUGCAUAUUAACAAGAACUCUUGGUAUAUCUUGCCAUGUUCAUCAGAACGGAGCCAAAGUUGUUCAAUGAAAUGCUGCGUCUGAGAGUUGGUUUGAUUAUCCAGGUCAUGGCAGCAGAGUUAGCACGGAAUCUCAAAUGUUCUGGCAGUGAAGCCUCUGACCACUUGCUUAACCUGAGUCCUUUUGAAAUGAAGACACUGUUGCACCAUAUUCUUAGUGGGAAGGAGUUUGGCAUCACCACUGUCCCCUGUCCAUACUCUGGCAUCAAACUGUCCAUAAGAAUACCAGAGAAGGAACACAGCAGGAAUAAAGACAUGGCCAUGAUUAAGAGGAAAAUGAAGACCCUGUCCAGCACCAGCCUGGGGCUAGAGGAGGAUGCCAGUGAAGACAGGAGUGACGAGGAGAAGCAGGGACAGUGGAUGAGAAGACGGAGACUUGAUGGUUCGCUAAACAGGGUCCCUGUAGGCUUCUAUACAAAAGUAUGGCAGGUCCUGGAGAGGAGUCAUGGCAUCUCUAUAGAUGGUCACAUUCUACCCCAGAAUUUAACUAGAGAGAUGACACCAGGAGAGUUUAAAUUUGCUAUCCAGGUGGAGACAGCGUUCAACCGCAUCCCUCAGCCAGAGUACCGCCAGUUGAUGGUGGAAGCUAUGAUGGUAUUAUGUCUAAUCGUAGAGCAGGACACCCAGGCCAAGAUUAACCUGUCCUUUGUUAUACCUAUAGACAGGAUAGUCAAUGAAGCUAAUGAUAUCUUUAUCCAGGAUCAGGCUGUUGCCAACGGUGACGCCACCUUGUGUUGUGCCUCUGAGGCAAGGCAUGGUGAACACGAGGCAGCAUGCGGAGGAGCUCGCGGGAUUUGUCAACAUCUCUAUGACAGUGCUCCUAGUGGACGGUUUGGUAGCAUGACAUACUUAGCCCGGGCAGUGGCACAAAUGUUGCAAUUCCCUGUUCAGGAUGGUGAAUUAGAUUGCACCAUCAGCUAGAAAACCAUGCAGUGUCCAGUUCAGGAUUGCCAACUAGAGUUCUUAAGACAUGAGCCAAAUUGUACUGUUUAGAAUCACCCUUAUUGAAGUCAUCCUAUGAAUUUUUAAGUUUAUUAUUGAUUCUUGAAAUGCAAUUAUAACUGAUCAACAUGCUUUUAUUGUGAGUAAAAAAAAAUGACUGUAUUUGGACCAUACACUAGUCUCAGUGCUGAAGGCGAGGCAAAUAUCUCCUCCCCUUCACCUCUCUCCCCAAACUGGAUCUGGUAUCACAUUGUAACUUCUUGUAUUACACUAGAAGACAAUGCAUAUUGCUUAUUUUAAAUAUUUUAUUAAUAAGCUUUAAAUAUGUAAUGCUGCUUGUAUUUAUGUUGCCAACAUAACUUUUAACAUACUACAUUAGUUUGAAAAUCAAAACCAAUUUUUAUAUUCAGUUUUAUUAAUUAUGUAGCUUUUGAUUUGAAAGCAGAUAAAAAUUGCUGCUAGAUGAAUGCUGUGGGAGUAUUGGUGGACAUUUGUACUUUGUAUGAACUUCCAAAGUGUAUUAUAAGCACUUUUUUCUUUUGUAUAUUGCUUUUUGUCGCUUUUUACUGACACUGUAGUCAUGGACUUAACAACAGGGUGAUAUGUUAGAUGAUUGAAUUGUGCUAAAAUACUGUUGAAGUUAAAACUUCAAUGUUUGCUUUGUCUCAUUGGAUUGUUUUUACAUUUAAGAUUUGUUGGAAAGUUUCAUCUUGACCAUGGUACCUAUAAUGGUUGUGAUUGUGGUGAAUAUCUGUAUUAGGUUUAAUUUCCAGUAUCAGUUCCUUUGUGGCAGAUUUUUCCUCUAAGAAUAAUAAUGCUUUCAUUAAAAUGUGCCAUGACCUGAUUUCAUAAUUUGAGGCCCAUCAUAAAAAUAGCUUUGAUCACACCUCUUGAAAUAAAUUCUAUUGGGAGAUUUGCCUUUGGUGAAGCCAUCCACUUUUCAGUACAAUUGAACUCUUGGUGUGGUGUAACCCAUAGGACUCUCGGACCAAGGUUACCAUGAGAACAUAGGACUACGGUCACCAUGUGAACAUAGGACUACAGUCACAAUGUGAACAUAGGGCUAUGGUCACCAUGUGAACAUAGGACUACAAUCACCAUGUGGUCAUAGGACUACGGUCACCAUGUGGACAUAGGACUACCGUUACCAUGUGGACAUAGGGCUACCGUCACCAUGUGGACAUAGGACUAAGGUCGCCACGUGAACAUUGGACUCGCAUACUAAGGCUACCAUGUGAAAACCAAGUUGGGAAUCGAGGUGCUAACUGCUUCUAAAAACCAACUACAGAUGAUGGACAAUUUUUCUAAUGUAUUAUUAUGUAUGUUAUCAAUUUACCUUGAAAUGGAAUGAAUUUGUGUUAUUACAGUACUUAUAACAAAUUUGUUCAUUUGCUAGAAAAAUGAACAUUUUUAAAUCUUCAUAGUCUUGUGCAAAGACAAGCAGAUAGAAGUGGUAUGCUUCAUACUUUUUUCCUGAAUAAAACUUCAUUAACAAAAAUCUA